GUUAUGAAUGAAGUAAAAAGUUACAAGGACUAGAGAUUUAAUAUUUGUAAUGUAACAUUGUCUAGUGAUCAACUUCAAGUUACAUGUAUAUUAAUCAUGGCUAUGGGGAAAAAUAAAAAAAGACCCCCGACAGUCCUAAUUUUUUAUGCUUUUAAAUUUAAGCAAGUUAUUUGAUGUCUUUAUUUCGUUAAUUUUGCUGUUCAAGUUUUUAACUAUUAUUACAUUUUAUGUAUAUGACAGAUGUGAGGCGUCAUGUGUUGCAGUGACUACAACAAUAGCUCUGAUGUUGCAGAAAAAUGAACGUCACAUGAAGAGAAGUGGCAAAUACGACAUAGAAUCUGUGAUAGAUGAAUCUUAUAUGUUUGCUUCUAGAUUGUUGAAGUCAGAUAAAGAUAUGAAAGAGUUAAAGGCAUACCUGUAUUGCACAUCCUUGAAGGAUUUACGUCUGGAUGAGCCUGGACGCUCUAACUUCACAUAUAAAGCACUAGGUGCUGGGUUCUGGGCACUCAAACAGAAAGACUUUAGACAAGCUAUACAAGACAUUGUUCAUGAGGGAGGUGAUGCUGAUGCCAAUGCUGGAGUAGCAGGUGCCCUCCUGGGCUGUAAACUUGGACUUGAUGCUGUACCCAAGUCAUGGAUGGAGCCCUUAAAACAUAGGGUGUGGUUAGAUGACAUCAUAGAUAGAUAUUUUGAUAUGAUGGAAAGAAAGAAAAGACAAAAGGAGACAGUUGUUUAAAUGGUGUUGAUGUGAUUUGAGGAAUCUUUGAAAAAAAAAACAUACAAACAAACCUUUGAUAUUAAAGAUUUGUUUAAGUAUACAAAAUGUUUCUCUUUACUUUACUAAAAUUACACUUAUUGAAAAUGAUUUUU